UUAAUCAGUACUCCGCCGCUCACAAUCCGUCGCCUUGUUAUGUGUUGGGAAAAGGACUUCGCGAAAUAGCAGCGAUGUCAGUCCAGGUUUUGGCAGCGAAAAUGGCCGAGGUCGAAUUAAAAGACGUCCCCGACAAAGAAUUAACACCCGAAUCGCCUCUGACACCAAAGGCAGAUGACAAAGGGAUGGUUGAAAACGAACCAAAAGCUACUUCGGCUACUACCCCAACGAUGGAGCCGAUGGUAAAAACCGGGGACACGAGUCCUGGUUUUCUCACCCCGAACACUAAGAUGCCGCAGGCGUCCGCGAUGAAACGGACAGAUCCCCAACAAAACGGUGGAGAAGCUUUCGUAAAUCGCGACGGUACGGUGGCAGAGGCCCCAAGAUUGAAAAAGAUCCAGUUUGCGGACCAGAAACAAGAGUUCAACAAACGUCCCACCAAAAUCGGCCGCCGCUCCCUGUCCCGAUCCAUCUCCCAGUCCUCCACAGACAGCUACGGCUCAGCUGCGUCGUACACGGACAGCUCUGACGAUGAGACUUCUCCUCGGGACAAGCAGCAGAAGAACUCCAAGGGCAACGGAGACUUCUGCAUCAAGAACAUCAAGCAGGCCGACUUCGGACGCAGGGAGAUCGAGAUCGCUGAGCAAGAGAUGCCAGCCCUCAUGGCCCUGAGGAAGAGAGCCCAGGGAGAGAAGCCUCUGGCUGGAGCCAAAGUAGUGGGCUGCACCCACAUCACAGCUCAGACAGCCGUGUUGAUGGAGACACUGACUGCCCUGGGGGCUCAGUGCAGGUGGGCUGCCUGUAACAUCUACUCCACUCAGAACGAGGUGGCGGCAGCUCUGGCCGAGGGAGGGUUCUCUGUGUUCGCGUGGAAGGGCGAGUCGGAGGAUGACUUCUGGUGGUGCAUCGACCGCUGCGUCAACCUGGAGGGCUGGCAGCCCAACAUGAUCCUGGAUGACGGCGGAGACCUGACCCACUGGAUCUAUAAGAAAUACCCCAACAUGUUCAAGAAGAUCAAAGGCAUCGUGGAGGAGAGCGUCACUGGAGUACACCGGCUGUACCAGCUGUCCAAGGCGGGGAAGCUGUGUGUCCCGGCCAUGAAUGUCAACGACUCUGUGACCAAGCAGAAGUUUGACAACCUCUACUGCUGCAGGGAGUCCAUCCUGGACGGUCUGAAGAGGACCACUGAUGUAAUGUUUGGGGGAAAGCAGGUGGUGGUGUGUGGAUAUGGAGAGGUGGGGAAGGGCUGCUGUGCUGCUCUCAAGGCCAUGGGCUCCAUCGUGUACGUCACAGAGAUCGACCCCAUCUGUGCCUUGCAGGCCUGCAUGGAUGGCUUCAGACUGGUGAAGCUGAAUGAAGUGAUCAGACAAGUGGACAUUGUCAUCACUUGCACAGGAAAUAAGAACGUGGUGGUGAGAGAGUACCUGGACCGUAUGAAGAACGGCUGUAUCGUCUGUAACAUGGGACACUCGAACACCGAGAUCGACGUGGCGAGCCUGCGGACCCCGGAGCUGACCUGGGAGAGGGUGAGGUCACAGGUGGACCACGUCAUCUGGCCCGACGGCAAGCGGAUAGUGUUGCUGGCUGAGGGUCGUCUGCUGAACCUGAGCUGCUCUACGGUCCCCACCUUCGUCCUGUCCAUCACCGCCACCACUCAGGCCCUGGCUCUGAUAGAGCUGUACAACGCCCCGGAGGGACGCUACAAACAGGAUGUCUACCUGCUGCCCAAGAAGAUGGAUGAAUAUGUGGCCAGUCUUCACCUGCCUACGUUCGAUGCCCACCUCACAGAGCUGAGUGACGAGCAGGCCAAGUACCUGGGCUUGAACAAGAACGGGCCCUUCAAGCCAAACUACUACAGGUAUUAAACCAACUCUGAAAUGAAGAAAAUACCAAGGCUCCAUAAAUCGUACAGAACCCAGAAGAAAGGCGAGAGGAGGAGCUCUGUGCUUAUUGGUCAGAGUGGAGGGCGUGGCUUUACCUGCGCUUUGGCAGUGUUUAUUUAUUUACGCUAGAAUAGUGUAACUAACCUUUUUUUGAGCUGCUCCUGCCAUUUUGCGCUCCUUAGCUAGCGUCUCCUGGAGUUUCCACCAUUUGGUUUUCUCUUAGCUACUUGUGUGUCAGUCAGUCGUACGUAAAAGCUCCCUUGCGAGAUCUUUUUAUUGUUCGUUUAAAAGCUAAAGAUGGAGAAACUAUUGAUGAAGAAAAACAAAAGAAAACUGAAAUGUACAACAACAAAAAAUCUGAACGAUGACCUCUGAAGAUUUAGUGAUGGACAUGUGGUUCAUGUCCUGUUGUCUGUCUUUUCCUACUCUUGAUUUGUGUUUUGUUUUCAAUGAUAAAUUGAAAGGGAUUAGAUGAAGAGGUGGGGGUGGGGGGGGGGGGGGUCAUUGGGUCCAAUCAUAUCCUGUCUUUCAUUUGAUCAUUUGAUUCAGAUUUUUUCGUUGUCUUGUUUUUAGGUAUGUUUUAAUGCGUUGAUUGUCCUUCUCCCUCAAUCAAACUGGACCGACACAGGCGUGGGGCCGGGUUCUUUCCCUGUGAUAGGUGGGAGAGGGAGGUCUCAACCAAUCACUCAAACACAGGGAAUCCAUCUCAGCUGCCUGUCCAACAGUCACUCAAUAAUAAAUGUUGUUCCUCAGCUCCCACACUGCUCUCACGAUGAUGCUAGUGUUGAAGUUAUAUGAAAAGUAUUCCGCAAAACCAGAGUUUAUGACAUCCACGAUGUCCGGAGCUAGAUUCUCCUUUCAAAGCAUUAUCCUGAAUUAUAAACCGGGUCAUUCGAGCCCUGAAUGCUGAUUGGCUGAAAGCCGUGGUAUAUUAGACCUUAUACCACCAUGACAAAACAUCUAUUUUUACUGUUCUAAUUACGUUGGUAGCCAGUUUAUAAUAGCAAUAAGGCACCUCGGGGGUUUGUGCUGUAUGACAAAUAAACCACGGCGUCGUACAUGAGAACAGCCCUUAGCAGUGAUAUAUUGGCCAUAUACCACAAACACCCUCGUGCUUUAUUGCUUAAUUAGAGGCAUGACAGGUAUGGGAGAUCAUUACAAGGGGAUAUAUUUAGAUAUUUAUGUAGAAAUGUCGAUUUUUCUAUCUUUCCUCCACCCAUCUAAUAUCUUACCUUUUUUGAAAUUAAACAUCUGUUUCAUUCUAAAGAUAAGCAAUUAAAUGUUAUAUGAUAAAUGUGAUACAUGUUCUGGAUGAUUUUUUUGAAUGCUGUGACAGACUAUUUCAGUGAGAUGCAGAAUGUACAGCCAGGCUGGUACUUGUUUCUUUGGCCGAGUCCUCAAUAAGUAAGCAAAUCUGUAUAGUACUUACAGCUCCCAAAACCAAUUGGUACACACAGCCGUUGUCAGGGGUUAGUUGUGUUUAACUGCAGUGAGGCUAUAGCUUGAUGACUGGAUCAUUACAUAAUGCUUGUAGUUAGUUGGGGACCUACAUUUCACACAGUUCUAAAAAUAAAAAAAAUGUCACCUCUUCAGGCUUCAGUUUACCUCGUUGUUCUAAUUUCUUAUCUUUUUAUGACAAAAGGGUAAUAGUCACCUUUUUAUAAAUGUCCAAGAUUUGGUGUCAUCGUUAGUUUGCUGAGGUUUUCUGUUGAGGGCCAAACGUCCUCUGGUACGAUUAUUAGUCCGACUUCAUUUACUCAACAUUUUAGAUGAACUUUUCGAUUCCCAGCUGUUAAAGUUUUCCCCUGAACCAAAAGCCCAUAGUACAAGCCAGAGGGGAGAAUCCAGCUUUUCUUUUCUUUUUUAUAUACAUGGCAUAGAAUGAACUAAAUCCAUGAGAAUAUACGCCCAUAUGCUCCCAAUCCGACAUUCUAAACUGUCACUGUGUUCAUGUCAUACUUGUGAGCUACCAUUUGUGCAUUUAUGCCCCACCAGCCUCCAUAAUAACCAUACAAAUCAGAGACCCCGUCUGUGUGACCAUCCAUACUACUCAUAUGUCUGUUUGUCUGACUUUUAGAACAUUACCCGUGUGUGUGUGUGUGUGUGUGUGUGUGUGUGUGUGGGUCAUUUGUUGUUAGGACAUGGUUGCUUCGAUGCAGUUGUCUCAGGAUCAUAGCCUGUGCGUUCCCGGGGUGAAAGAGCAUUAGUCGGUCCAAUAGCUGCAUCACAUGGGCAGGGUUAACGCCAGCAUCUUGUAUGGUUAACUCAAAAGUAUAGGAAUUACAGCAUAUCAACUCUUGUAUUUAUUGUUGUAAAUCCUCAGUCAGUACAAAUGGAAAAUUCUUCUCAAAUUUUUAAGUUGUCGAAACGAUGUUUAAACAUUGCAAGUGAUAAUGAUAGAUGAGCAAUAAUACAUCUGUAAUCUUAAAGAAUAAAAAUGUAAAAUAUUGUAUCAAC